UUUUUUUGUCCAUACAAAGAGUUUUGUGAAAAGAAAUAUAAAAAUGUCGCUUGUUCCACUAUUGAGCCUGGCCCGCGAGCUCGACCAUGACUACCGCAGCGCCUACAACGAGUGGGAUCAUUUCCUGGAGGAUGACUUUGGCUUUGGGGUCCACGCCCACGAUCUGUUCCAGCGUCCACGUCUGAUGUUGCCUCACCAUGGCUCCACCCUGGGGCGCCGCCGCUUCCUGCCGUACGAGCGCAGCCACCACCAUGGACAUCCCCAUCAGUUGGUAACCCGACGUCAGUCUGGCGGAGGCCAGAACUCGCUGAUACCGGCCAUCGGCAAGGAUGGCUUCCAGGUCUGCAUGGACGUGUCGCAGUUCAAGCCCAACGAGCUGACUGUGAAAGUGGUGGACAAGACCGUCGUGGUCGAGGGAAAGCACGAGGAGCGCGAGGACGGGCACGGCAUGAUUCAGCGCCACUUUGUGCGCAAGUACACGCUGCCAAAGGACUUUGAUCCCAACGAGGUCGUGUCCACUGUCUCCUCGGACGGCGUGCUCACCUUGAAGGCGCCCCCGCCGCCCAGCAAGGAGCAGCCCAAGCAGGAGCGCAUCGUUCAGAUCCAACAAACCGGUCCUGCGCACUUGAGCGUCAAGGCCCCCGAGGGGGCCGCAGCUGCAGCCGCCGCCGAUGGCAAGACCGAAAAUGGCGGCGGUGAGAAGAUGGAGACGGGCAAGUAGACGGAGCGGAGCGGAGGGGAGAGGAGGUUUCGCUGGCGAAAGCGGAGUGUUGCAGCACUGCUCGGAGAGUGCAAGACUAAAAGGAUGCCGUUAGACCAUCUCACACACAAACAGACACGAACAUCGUACUUCACGCCCCAACACACACAAAUACACAUGAAAGGCACACUUGUCAUCACAUUUUAGAGUUAAGCGAUUUUAAAAUCCCAUUAAGUAAUAAACGAUUUGUAUUAGUCGCUAUAAUUAGGCUAAGAAUAUACAUACAUAUGUAUCUUUAAUUACUGGAGAAUAGAUUACUGGAAUAGACAUUUUCCAUCUGCGUUGCUGAUAAA